AAAAUCUUGUUGAGCGAGUUCAGAAAAAGCCGAUUUGGCCAGAUGUGCGAGGGAGGCGGCGCUCUGGGCUGACCAAUUGGAACCUCGUGGGCCAGGGGAAGGACGAACAUCUUAAGAUAUUGGCACAAACCUGCUGCCCUUAUGUCUACUUUGCUGAUCAAUCAGCCCCAGUAUUCCUGGUUGAAAGAUCUGGGACUCAAAGAAGAAAAUGAAGGCGUGUAUAAUGGGACCUGGGGUGGAAGAGGGGAGGUUGUUACAAGUUACUGCCCAGCUAACAAUGAGCCUAUAGCAAGAGUCCGUCAGGCCAAUCUGGCGGAUUAUGAAGAAACACUAAAGAAAGCCAAAGAAGCUUGGAAGAUAUGGGCAGAUAUUCCAGCCCCUAAAAGAGGAGAAAUAGUAAGACAGAUUGGCGAAGCCUUGCGACAGAAGAUCCAAAUCUUAGGAAACUUGGUAUCUUUGGAGAUGGGAAAAAUCUUAGUGGAAGGUGUUGGAGAAGUUCAGGAGUAUGUGGAUAUCUGUGAUUAUGCUGUUGGUUUAUCACGAAUGAUUGGAGGACCCAUCUUGCCUUCAGAAAGACCUGGCCAUGCCCUCAUUGAACAGUGGAAUCCUUUGGGCUUAGUUGGAAUCAUCACUGCAUUCAAUUUCCCAGUGGCUGUGUAUGGCUGGAAUAAUGCCAUUGCUCUGAUUUGUGGGAAUGUCUGCCUUUGGAAAGGAGCACCAACAACUCCACUCAUUAGUGUAGCUGUCACAAAGAUAGUGGCCAAAGUUUUGGAAGACAACAAUUUACCUGGUGCAAUCUGUUCCAUGACAUGUGGUGGUGCUGAUAUUGGCACAGCAAUGGCCAAAGAUGAGCGAGUAGAUCUGCUGUCCUUCACAGGAAGCACCCAAGUGGGAAAACUGGUGUCAGUCAUGGUACAAGAGAGGUUUGGGAGAAGUUUGUUAGAGCUUGGAGGAAAUAAUGCUAUUAUUGUUUUUGAAGAUGCAGACCUCAGUUUAGUUGUUCCUUCGGCUCUUUUUGCGGCUGUGGGGACAGCGGGCCAAAGAUGUACAACUGCUAGACGACUGUUUUUGCAUGAAAGCAUCCAUGAUGAAGUGGUGGACAAACUUAAAAAGGCAUAUGCACAAAUUCGUAUUGGAAAUCCAUGGGAUGCUAAUGUCCUUUAUGGGCCCCUCCACACCAAACAGGCAGUAAACAUGUUCCUUGGUGCAGUGGAAGAUGCCAAAAAGCAAGGUGGCAUAGUGGUCUAUGGUGGGAAGACUAUAGAUCGUCCUGGAAAUUACGUAGAGCCAACGAUUGUGACUGGUCUUGAUCAUGAUGCAUCCAUUGUGCACAGAGAGACGUUUGCUCCUCUCCUUUAUGUUUUAAAAUUCAAGAAUGAAGACGAGGUCUAUACGUGGAAUAAUGAAGUAAAACAGGGUCUUUCAAGCAGUAUCUUCACAAAGGAUUUGGGCAGAAUCUUUCGAUGGCUUGGGCCUAAAGGAUCAGAUUGUGGCAUUGUUAAUGUCAAUAUUCCAACGAGUGGUGCUGAGAUUGGAGGUGCAUUUGGAGGUGAGAAGCAUACUGGUGGUGGCAGAGAAUCAGGAGGUGAUUCAUGGAAGCAAUAUAUGAGACGAUCUACUUGCACCAUCAACUACAGUAAAGACCUUCCUCUCGCACAAGGAAUCAAGUUUCAGUAACAGUGUUUUGGGUUUAUAUGACACCCACACUUACCUCUUUUAUUUUUUAUUUUUUUGUGACCCCAUUUGGGGUUUCCUUGGCAAAAAUACUAGAGUGGUUUGCCAUAUCC